AUGCUUCCAAUGCCUAGGGUCGACGGGGACAUUUUUGACUGUAUCCAACGAGGAAACAUUGAUCAGUGUGCACAUAUCAUUCAACAUGAUCGAUCUAUCCUCAAAAAGAAAGGUACGUUUAUAGGCCUGCCUAUGCAUUUUUGAAGUAUGCAUUAGCCAACAAUUUACUGUUCACACGUUUGGGGAAUUAAUGUUAUUUUCUAUUUAAUUUUUCCAAAAGCCUAUCAUAUUGCAGAAGAGCAUUUGUGGAUACCAAGACUGUUCUCAGGCAGGCCUGGUAGCUAGAUAUUUUCGAGUCGCGUCGGAGACAAUUUUAACAAACCCUAACCCUUUUCCUAACCUUAACCUAAUUCUCCUAACCUGGCACGUUUAAUCUUACCGUCCAAAGAGAAUGUGCGCAGCCAGCUAUACAAUCCUAUGUAUCCCCGUGAACCGGUUCGUACAUAAAACAUUGUACAUUAAGGCUGCAAAAGUACCGGUUUCCUCCUUAACUUGAUUUAAUGACGAGACACAAACAGAGAAAAUACGCAUACCUUAUUUAUGAAACACCAUGCUAGAGUGGCUAAUGCUUGUCGCGUACAGUGUUCAGCCAAUCAGGUUGCAGCAGUCUGUUUUUUUCCACCCCUGGGGUGUAAUCAUUAGUCCAAACAGUUCGGUUUUGCAACUAAAACAGAGGAAGGGCUGAUAAAUUGAAAAGGCUCCAGCCACCCAAGCCAUAGACCGUUCACUCUGCUACCGUCCGGCAAACGGUACCGGAGCAUCAGCUCUCGGACCAACAGGCUCUGAGACAGCUUCUACCCCCAAGCCAUGCUGUGCUGUUGUCUUAGGUCUCUCUUUAUGUAGAUUUGUGGUGUCGUGAUGUGUUUUGUCCUACAUUUAAAUUGUUUAUCCCAGCCCCCAUCCCCAAAGGAGGCCUUUUGCCUCUUGGUAGGCCGUCAUUGUCAUUGUAAAUAAGAAUUUGUUCUUAAUUGACUUGCCUAGUUAAAUAAAGGUGAACUAAAAAAAUAAGGCUGCUAAAUAGCGAGACUGCUAAAUAGUCAAUUAAUGGUACCCAAACUAUCUGCACUGACUAUCUUGUACUGACCCUAUGCACACACAUUAGACUAUACAGUGCAUUCGGAAAGUAUUCGGACCUCUCGACUUGUUCCUUAUUCUAAAAUGCAUUAAAUUGACCCCCCCCCCCCCCCCCCCCCAAUCUACACACAAUACCCCAUAAUGACAAAGCAAAAACAGGUUUUUAGAAAUGUUUGCAAAUUUAUUAAAAAUAAAAAACGCACAUUUCAAAUUUACAUAAUAUUCAGACCCUUUACUCAGUACUUUGUUGAAGCACUAAAUAAUGUAAUGUGGAAGAAAAAUUAAAACAUAAAAAAAAGACUAUAUUUUGAUUACAUAAGUACUCAAGACAUUUACGUUUUAGUAAUUUAGCAGACGCUCUUAUCCAGAGCGACUUACAGUUAGUGAAUGCAUACAUUAAAAAAAAAAUUCAUACUGAUCCCCCGUGGGAAACGAACCCACAACCCUGGCGUUGCAAACGCCAUGCUCUACCAACUGAGCUACACGGGACUAGACCUGAGUCAAUACAUGUUACAAUCACCUUUUGCAGCGAUUACAGCUGUGAGUAUUUCUGGGUAAGUCUCUAAGAGCUUUGCACAGCUGGAUUGUACAAUAUUUGCACAUUAUUCUUUUAAAAAUUCUUCAAGCUCUGUCAAGUUGGUUGUUGAUCAUUGCUAGACAGCCAUUUUCAAGUCUUGCCUUAGGUUUGCAAGCCAAUUUAAUUCAAACUGUAACUAGGCCACUCAGGAACAUUCAAUGUUGUCUUGGUAAGCAACUCCAGUGUGUAUUUGGCCUUGCAUUUUAGAUUAUUGUCCAGCUGAAAGGUGAAUUUCUCUCAUAGUGUCUGUUGGAAAGUAGACUGAACCAGGUUUUCCUCUAGGAUAUUGCCUGUGUUUAGCUCUAUUCCGUUUAGUUUAAUCCCAAAAAACUUGCUAGACCUUGCUGACGACAAGCAAACCCAUAACAUGAUGCAGCCACCACCAUGCUUGAAAAUAUGAAGAGUGGCACUCAGUGAUGUGUUGUGGUUGGAUUUGCCCCAAACAUAACGCUUUGUAUUCAAGUUCAUUUCUUUGCCACAUUUUUUGCAGUUUUACUUUAGUACAUUAUUGCAAACAGGAUGCAUGUUUUGGAAUAUAUUUUUGAAAAUUCUGUACAGGCCUCCUUCUUUUCACUCUGUCAUUUAGGCUAGUAUUGUGGAGUAACGACAAUGUUGUUGAUCCAUCCUCAGUUUUCACCUAUUACAGCCAUUAAACUGUAACUGUUUUAAAGUCACCAUUGGCCUCAUUGGCCUCAAAUCAUUGAGUGGUUUCCUUCCUCUCUGGCAACUGACUUAGGAAGGAUGCCUUUAUCUUUGUAGAGACUGGGUGUAUUGAUACACCAUCCAAAAUGUAAUUAAUAACUUCACCAUGCUCAAAGGGAUUUUCAGUGUCAGCUUUUUUUUUUACCCAUCUACCAAUAGGUGCCUUUCUUUCCGAGGCAUUGGAAAACCUCCUUGGUCUUUGUGGUUGAAAUUCACUGCUCGACAGAGGGACCUUACAGAUAAUUGUAUGUGUGGGGUACAGAGAUGAGGUAGUCAUUCAAAACUCAUGUUUACAUUUACAUAAUUUAGCAGAUGCUCUUAUCCAGAGCGACUUACAGUUAGUGACUGCAUACAUUAUUUAUUUUUAUACUGGCCCCCCAUGGGAAUCGAACCCACAACCCUGGCGUUGCAAACACCAUGCUCUACAAACAUCCCUGCCGGCAAUUCCCUCCCCUACCCUGGACGACACUGGGCCAAUUGUGCACCGCCCCAUGGUUCUCCCGGUCGCGGCCGGCUACGACAAAGCCUGGAUUCGAACCAGGAUCUCUAGUGGCACAGCUAGCACUGCAAUGCAGUGCCUUAGACCACUGCGCCACUCGGGAGUGGAAGGCCCUUUCCUGUUUCAGCAUGACAAUGCCCCCAUGCAGAAAUGGUUUGUUGAGAUCGUUGUGGAAGAACUUGACUGGCCUGCACAGAGCCCUGACCUCAACCCCAUCGAACACCUUUGGGAUGAAUUGGAACACCGACUGUGAGCCAGGCCUAAUCGCCCAACAUCAGAGCCCAACCUCACUAAUGCUCUUGUGGCUGAAUGGAAGCAAAUCCCUGCAGCAAUAUACCAACAUCUAGUGGAAAGCCUUCCAGAAGAGUGGAGGCUGUUAUAGCAGCAAAGGGGGGACCAAUUCCAUAUUAAUGCACAUGAUUAUGGAAUGAGAUGUUCGACGAGCAGGUGUCCACAUACUUUUGGUCACGUAGUGUAGCUCCAUUCUUGUGUAUUUUUUUGUAUUCCUUGUGUUAAUAUUUUAGUUACUCUGCAUCGUUGGGAAGGGCUCAUAAGCAAGCAUUUCACUGUAAAGUCUACACCAGGUAUAUUCGGAGCUUGUGACAAAUAAAACUAGAUUUUAAUUUAAUUUGAGUUUCUAUUGGACAAAUUCAGGAAGGUCCAUCCACAUUUUCUUCCAUUUCAGAAAUGUUUUGCAACAGAUUCGGCAUAAUAAUAAUAAUAAUAAUAAUAAUAUGCCAUAAUGAAUACACCCCUGGUCUGACAAUUUCAAAAUAAAAGUUGUGCUUACUGAACAAACAGUUUUUAAUGACAUGCAUUGAAUUUGUUGGCAUGAACUCGUUUACAAAGCAAUCAUUACAGUAAUUGCAUAUUGCAUCUGGGGUGAAAAAAUACAUCUAUUCUACUUAAAGAUAUAUGGUGCGUAUAAAUCCGAAGAGGGUGGCCAGCUCCUGGGGGAACUGUGGGGGGGAUCUUGGAGGGCUGGUGGCCUGGCGGUUGGAAGCUUGGGUCGGUGGCUGAUGGGUUGCUGGUUCGGGUCCCCGUUUUUGACCUUAUGGGUGAUCUGUCGACGUGCCCUUGAGCAGGGCGUUGACCAUGGUUGCUUCUGUGGGUCGCUCUGGAUGGCAGUCUGUUAGAUUACUAAUGUGAUGUAGAUGUUGAGUGGCUUCACUGCAAAUAGGUUGUAUGUUUUCAAUAUAAAAGAAAUUCUGCUUGUUCAGUAAGCAUACGUUUUAUUUCGAAACUAUCAGACCAGGGGUGAAAAAACAAACUGCUGCAGCCUGAUUGGCUUAACGCGGUACGCAACAUCCGGGACUAGCAUUAGCCACUGGUGUUUCCUAAAGAAAGUACGCAUAUUUUCCCCUUUUCUCUCGCCUUCUUGAGUUGAGGAGGAAACCGACUUUGGGCUAACCAAACUGUAGCCUAUUCUAAGGGCACUUCUGGGUAGUGUGCCUAAAUUAUCAUACCGUUAUUCUGACCUUCUGUAAGUAAAUUCUGAAUAAUAAGCAUGUCAGAGACGGUCAGACUAAAAUGUCUGUCGUCAGAGCUUUUCCACAAGCCUUUUUCACCCAGCUAUCGCUUUGCAGCAUCAAAUAUGCAUGAGCAAAUUGCUUUGUUACAGGCAGCAGAUAUUGAUUUAUAUAAUGUGUUAUAACCAAUCUUACUAUCUUAUCACUACUAGCCAUAUUCGGCCUAGUUUAAAAUCAUACAAAAUGUAAGUUUCAGAGUCCCAUCACAGUUCCAGAAUGCAUCACCACUCACUGUUCUUAAAUGACUGCUGAAAGCUGACUGCUGAUGUCCCCUGUUGGGAUUUUGUCAUGUUGAGAGAGGGACCCCAAACCCUGUCUGUUUUAGAGAGAGACCCCUAACCCUGUCUGUUUUAUCAGUUAUCUGAGAUGAGUAGUUAAUCAGUCUAUCCUUUCAGACACUCACAUCUCCUGUGACAGAAUGACAUGAAGUCACAGCAGCUAAAAUCAGUGGUAAAGAGACAAUAGUAGGCCUACUGCUCUUUGGGUGGUUAGGUUGAAAGUGACAAUAUCUCAAAGUAAUACAAUGAAUGUGAUCAUUUACAGUUAUAGCACCCUAAUCAUCUUUGUGUGUCGGUCUGUAUCUGUGUCUGUGUGUAGGUUGGAGUGAUUUCACCCCUCUCCACUUUGCGGCCCUCAAUGGUAACCGUUCAAUAGUUAACCUGUUGCUAAGCAAUGGAGCUGACCCCAACCUGACCUGUGAUGCAGGAAUGACGGCCUUCCAUUUAGCAUGCAGGUCAGUAACACUACCUGUCUCCUACCACGUCAGUAUCUGCAGAUUUUAAUGGACUGAAUUGGUCCCCCUAUCCAGUCCGAUUAGAUCUGUGGAAAGGGACUAGGGGAAGAGCGUUGGGCCCCUGGAGCAUCUAUAAAUGCCCCUGUCUCUCCCUCUUCUCCCUGAAGUGUGCACUCGUACACUCCCCCUCAUGGAUGGAAAAGGAAUGUACUGGUGUAAGAAAUAUGGUGGAACCUCUCUCCAGCCUGUACUUACAUCAAUCCAAUGCUUUGAAAUCCUUGAGGGGGAGUGAACAAGUGUAAAUCAAAUCAAAUUGUAUUGGUAGCAUACACGUAUUUAGCAGAUGUUAUUGCGGGUGUAGCGAAAAGCUCCAAGCACUAGCAAAGAAGGGGGAGAAAUGGAAUUAUACUAUUAAUGCGGUAAUGUCUGUGUCUCUCCAGGCAUGGUAAUGUAUAUGUGAUGCACCAGAUGAUGCAGCAUGGAGCUGAUCUACGCAUGGUAGACCAUCAGGGCAAAACCGCCCUACACCAUGGAGUGUCUGGAGGCAACAUGUAAGGACACACACACACACACACAUAGCUACAUAAUAUUACACACAUAUAUAUAUAUAUAUAUAUAUAUAUAUAUAUAUAUAUAUAUAUAUAUAUAUACAGUACCAGUCAAAAGUUUGGACACAACUACACAUUCCAGGGUUUUUCUUAAUUUUUUACUAUUUUCUACAUUGUAGAAUAAUAGUGAAGACAUCAAAACUAUGAAAUAACACAUGGAAUCAUGUAGUAACCAAAAAAGUUUUAAACAAAUCAAGAUAUAUUUUAUAUUUGAGAUUCUUCAAAGUAGCCACCCUUUGCCUUGAUGACAGCUUUGCACACUUGGCAUUCUCUCAACCAGCUUCAUAAGGUAGUCAUCUGGAAUGCAUUUCAAUUAACAGGUGUGUCUUGUUAAAAGUUAAUUUGUGGAAUUUCUUUCCUUCUUAAUGCGUUUGAGCCAAUCAGUUGUGUUGUGACAAGGUAGGGGUGGUAUACAAAAUAUAGCCCUAUACAGAAGAUAGUCCUCUGUAGCUCAAUUGGUAGAGCAUGGCGCUUGUAACGCCAGGGUAGUGGGUUUGAUCCCCGGGACCACCCAUAUGUUAAAAUGUAUGCAUACAUGACUGUUAGUCGCUUUGGAUAAAAGCGUCUGCUAAAUGGUAUAUUAUAUUAUUAUGGUAAGAACAGCUCAAAUAAGCAAAGACAAACGACAGUCCAUCAUUACUUUAAGGCAUGAAGGUCAUUCUAUCCGGAAAAUUUGAAGAACCUUGAACGUUUCUUAAAGUGCAGUCGCAAAAACCAUAAAGCGCUAUGAUGAAACUGGCUCUCAUGAGGACCGCCACAGGAAAGGAAGACCCAGAGUUACCUCUGCUGCGGAGGAUAAGUUCUUUAGAGUUACCGGCCUCAGAUUGCAGCCCAAAUAAAUGCUUCACAGAGUUUAAGUAACAGACACAUCUCUACAUCAACUGUUCAGAGGAGACUGCGUGAAUCAGGCCUUCAUGGUCGAAUUGCUGCAAAGAAACCACUACUAAAGGACACCAAUAAGAAGAAGAGACUUGCUUGGGCCAAGAAACACAAGCAAUGGACAUUAGACCGGUGGAAAUCUGUCCUUUGGUCUGAUGAGUCCAAAUUUGAGAUUUUUGGUUCCAACCGCCGUGUCUUUGUGAAACACAGAGGAGGUGAACGGAUGAUCUCUGCAUGUGUGGUUCCCACCGUGAAGCAUGGAGGAGGAGGUGUGAUGGUGCUUUGCUGGUGACACUGUCUUUGAUUUAUUUAGAAUUCAAGGCACACUUAACAAGCAUGGCUACCACAGCAUUCUGCAGCGAUACGCAAUCCCAUCUGGUUUGCUCUUAGUGGGACUAUCAUUUGUUUUUCAACAGGAAAAUGACCCAACACACCUCCAGGCUGUGUAAGGGCUAAUUGACCAAUAAGGCUGAUGGAGUGCUGCAUCAGAUGACCUGGCCUCCACAAUCCUCCGACCUCAACCCAAUUGAAAUGGUUUGGGAUGAGUUGGACCGCAGAGUGAAGGAAAAGCAGCCAACAAGUGCUCAGCAUAUGUGGGAACUCCUUCAAGACUUUUGGAAAAGCAUUCCAGGGUGGCUACUUUGAAGAAUCUCAUAUUAAAUAUAUUUUGAUAUGUUUAACACUUUUUUGGUUACUACAUGAUUCCAUAUGUGUUAUUUCAUAGUUUUGAUGUCUUCACUAUUAUUCUACAAUGUAAAAAUUAAGAAAAUCCCUGAAAUGAGUAGGUGUGUCCAUAUGCAUGUACACACACACACACUCACACACACAUAAACCUACACACAACUACUCACUCUUACCCUGCGUCGUGUCUCCAAGUGUAGCGAUGCAGUACCUGUGGGAGACGGGAAUGUUCAGGUGGUGUGAUGGAGACAUGUACCAUGUUACACCUCUACACCUGGCUGCUGAUGCAGGCAACACUGAGGUCGUCCGCUACCUGCUCCGAUACAAGGUGAGAUGUACACACUUACUUGCUUAGAACGUAAGUCUGAUGAUGACUUCCAUGUUCCACUUCUAUUGGGUUUCGAUAUGGAGUUUACCUUACAGACUACAGUUCCUCAAGUCACAUUAUCUGUUACAAACGGGGCAUGUAAAGUCCUGAGGUGCGUCACAAUAAUAUCUCCUUUCUCCUGAACUUCCCACAAAUGUAAAAGCAUUGAAUUAGUGGAGGCAUAGCCCCGUGUAGCUCAGUUGGUAGAGCGUGGCGCUUGCAAUGCCAGGGUUGUGGGUUCGAUUCCCACGGGGGCCAGUAUGAAAAUGUAUGCACUCACUAACUGUGAGUCGCUCUGGAUAAGAGCGUCUGCUAAAUGACUAAAAUGUAAAUGUAAAAAUAGCCAAGUGGGAGUUCCACCAAAUUUCCAGUCAUGUCCUUUCAAAUCGUUGAAGGGAGGUGAACAACUGCACAAUCUCUGUAACAUGCGGUCCUUGCUGGAGCGCUCGGCUGCAGUAUCCUUCAACUUUGUAGGAUUGCUGCCGCACUAUUUAAAAUAUGUUUUGUGUGUGUGUCAGAGGUGUAUGGUGGAGACUGUGGACGAGGAUGGGUUGACGGCGGUCCAUGUGGCAUCAGAGAGAGGCUGUGUAGAGAUGUGUUGGACGCUGCUACAGAGAUCAGGCUUCAGGAUACUACACUUGAAGACCUACAGCGGACACACACCUCUGGACCUCUGCAGGCAGGGAAGGACAUUCAGGUGGGUCCCAAUAGCUCUAACCUUUACCUGGGUAUUCAUUAGGCACAAAACGGAGGAAAACAGACAAAAACAGGGAGGGACUAAUCUGAAACUUUCUUUUUUCUUUUCAGGUGCGAAACGUUUUAAAACGUUUUCCAUUGUGUGACCUAAUAAAUACAACCCAGGAAUAUAUCACACUGUCACCCUCUUCUGUCCCAUUGCCAUACCACCAUCAUUUUCUGUGUUGGGGUUGUAUUUCCACAGACAUCUGCAGCUGAGCAAACUACUGACCCGCUACAUGAAGGAGCCACCCUUCAGCAAACCCGACGAGUCCCACCGUAGGUGCUAUGCCUUUAGUCUCUAAUGAGGCUGUGAUAAGUUUAACUGUAAUGAACAUUGUGUGACAUCGAAUCAUGUUUCUGUGUAAAAUUGUUUCUGUGUGUGCGUGUAUCCGUGCAUGCGUGGAUCUCUGUGUGUGUUUUUGUGUGUGUGUAUGUACGUCCAGUCCUGUACUACUGGACGUUAUUCUACCCGUGUCUGAUCGGAGGAGUGAUUCUGAUUAUCGCAACGAUGUUGGGGGGCUACGGAGGGAUAACGUGCGCCGUGCUCUUCCCUUGGCUGGCCAGGAGUAUCUUCUCCCAGUUCCACCGCAUGACCACCUACCAGAGGUACAGACUGUGUGUCUGUGCGUGUGUGUGUGCGUGCUAACUAUGUGUGUUUGUGUGUGUGUGUGUGUGUGUCUGCAUUAUACAGUAUAUUCAUCCAUUGUAUUGUUAUUUUUUCCAUUACCUGUCCUGUGUUGUGUUGCAGGUUGGCCAACCCCGUCUACCUAGGGACUAUGAUAGCUGGACUGUUCCACUCUCUAGUCUGCUUCUACUAUAGAAUACUGCCGCCAAAUAUCCUUUAUAUCACAGUGAUACUGUACUGCCUAAUAUUGUGUACUGCCUAAUUCUAUUACAAUAAAGUAUAUACUUUUUAAAAAAGUAUGUUGUAUUGUCACAUACACAGGAUAGGGAAGGCCUGAUAAAGAAAAGUGGCUUCAACCACAUCAAAUUCCAAACCUUGCUAGUGACUGUAGUUCCUGGAUGUUGUGGUUGACUAUUUUGUAGCUGAACAAUGAUGAAUAUACUUUACACUGACUAUCCAUCAUACAUUAUAUGUAUGUAGCCUACAUGUAGUAUAUUGUUGGUUGAGCCUUAACCUGCUGUGACGCUUGUGGGGGGAUGGUGUUCUGGGUAAUGUGUCGCUGGUCCAGUUCUCUGUGGUUUUGGCCCUGUUCUGGAGGGUUCUAACCCAGGAUCCUGGGGAGCUGGGACCGGGAGACGCAGAUCCUCGCUACUCCUCCAUAGCAGACCUGCUGGAGAAAAAACAGAAUCCUCAGAGGUUCUGCAUCUACUGUGAGGUGAGGAGAACCAAUCCAUCCAUCAAUCAAUCAAUCUUUAUUAUGAGUUAAGAAAAGACAGAGUUGUUUAAGUUAGUGAUGCAGCUGAGAUUUGAGCUGUGGCGAGAAAUACGUUUAUCCUGCCCUCCUUUUGUCAUGGUAUUAUAGUGGUGAUUAUAGUUGAUUGGGCAAUGCAUGUUAAAUUGAUUUUUUUCCUCCUCUUUUUUUCAUCAAUCCUCCAUAUUCCCAAACAAAACUGUGCACAUCCACAGAGAACUACAUUUCCUAAAUGCUAAAUGCUCACCAAACAGCGCCUCGAUCCAUUCAGCAGUUUUCUUUAUCUAGUUUACUCAACUUUGGCAAACGUGUUGAGACAACAAAGGAAUCUAUGUACCCAGAACUUUCCUGCCCCAAAGUUGAGUAAACAGCUGAUUGCCUUGAUUGUUUAAAGUUGACUCAACUUAAAAAAUAUAUGUUUUACAGUGAAUGCACAUCAAUAGCAGUAGCAUUACAUUUACGUAGACGCUCUUAUCCAGAGCGACUUACAGGAGCAAUUAGGGUUAAGUGCCUUGCUCAAGGGCACAUCGACAGAUUUUCACCUAAUCGGCUCAGGGAUUAGAACCAGCGACCUUUCGGUUACUGGCACAACGCUCUUAACCACUAAGCUACCACUAAGCUACCUGCCACCCCAGUAGCAGAUGUAAUAAGCUGAGUUUGCUGUACAUUUUUUGUUCAUAUGUUAAAUUUAGUGUUGCUUAUUAGAAUUUCCUGUAUUUUUUGGGAUUGUCACUUAAAACCAGGGGUUGGAACCAAAAUUAUUUUCCAAUCGUUUCAUUCUGAACAGAACCAUCAUUUUUUUUGUUCCGUUCCACUGUUUCCGACCAGCAAAAUAAAGUUCUGAACCGUUUUGAACCAAAACAUAGUAGCGGUUUAUAUCAUUCCUUUCUGUUCCUUUUUAAACAUCUGAAAAAUAUUUUUUUUUUGUACAUUUAGCUAGACAGUAAAUUACUUAACCAAUGGAUAGAACAGCUUGCUAUGGAGCGGGCAAGCUAUGUAGCUACAUGCAUUGGACAGACAAGGGUAGUGUAGGGUGCGAGAUGCAACUUAAAUUUCGAGGGUGAAGAGAGCGAUGGGCAUGAAGCGCUGGUCAUCUUGUUGUUAUGACAUGCAUUAUCUGAAUAAGGCCCACAGAAUUAUACCUACGGAGGAGUGGCUUCUAUGAAGGAACUUUGAAUGUCUUUGAACUUCAGAGAGUAGGCUUAACUAACGUUGGACCAGAGCUGGCCCUUGAUCAGUUCCAUUACCUAGACCAGAGCUUGCUAGCUAGCAAACACACUUGUGUGUGCAGAGCGGCACCAGAAUUAAAAUAAAAACACGUCUUACCUUUUUGUAGUUAAUAAAUCCAACACGAAACGUGAUAACUAUAGUAUCUGUAACUAGCAUUGAAAAAGUAAAUCCAAAUCUCUCUCCCUAAUUUCUGAAUCAUGCUUGUAACGUCAGUAGCUACUGUAGACUGUGCUUCGGAGGGACGGGAGAGGCAGAUAGCCUACACACACAGGCAAUGAUUUUCAACUGGCAAGCAGGCAGACACUGGAAUAAGUUUCUGAGUGACAGCGAGGGCUUUGCAUAGGCACUUUGUUGAGUUUUUUGUGGGACUGAAAAAAAAAUGCCCAGAACGUACAAGAAAGUUAUAAACUGGUUCCUAUGCUUUUAAAAUAACGGUUCUAUUACGGAUUAGUAUAGAUCACUUUCGUUCUGGUUCUGUUCCUCGAAAAAUUUCAGUUAUUUUCCCUGAACAGGUUCCAACCCCUGCUUAAAACAUAGUUUUUGUAUUUAUGAUAUGAUUUAUAGAAGUGCAUAGAUGCGGUAAAAAGAUCAAUCGAACUCGAACAAAACAAUGGAAUUGCCAUGGAAACGUAUGGGAGAAAGAUUCCGAGUCUCCUCAUUGCCCUCCAGCAAAAUUAGCCUGCAUUUAGCCUAUUGUUUAUAUGUGUAUUUCACACUAUGUUGAGGUAAAAAGCGGAGUAAAAUGUUGGUAUGGAUGUCAACCCCAACACAUGUUUAUGUCAUCAUUACCAAUCAACUGCAUUACAGUUAAAAACGACUGACCACCACCACCGAUUUAUCCGAACUGGAAUUAGCAUUUAGCAGUCACUUCUUCUAAACCUGAAAAGGGACAACUUCUACAUUUUAAUGCACGAAAACAGCCAAAUAUAUCCAAAUAUAACUUCAUUAACCACAUUGUGGGCCUGUUUAAAAUACAUAAAUCAUGACGGAUUUGACGAAUAUCCACUUUGUUAGAUCAAAUUUGCUAUAUGUGCACCAAUCUGGUCAAUGGAACGUCUGUGUUCCAUUGACUCCUUUACCACAUCUAUCCCUUCUGAAGUUAACCUCUCAAACAGAAACAGUGUUUCUCACUGCUAUUCCCCCUCUCUCUAGUUGUUCCAGCCGGACCAUACUAAACACUGUAAGUUGUGUGAUGUGUGUGUGAGGGAUUACGACCACCACUGCCUGUUCCUGAACCGCUGCAUUGGUAGGGGAAACCAUCGCCUCUUCAUCAGCUUCAUCCUCUCCAUGGCCGCAGCACACCUCCUUUUCGUUGCUGCGGCAACUUACCACCUGUAUGUGGUGGUGGUGUCCCUUGAGGACCAGUCGUUGGUUAGGGCAGUAGCUGCACAGUUCUGGGUGGUCACAUUGACGAUAAUGAACGCUCUGACAAUCCUUUGGGAGGCUUGGCUGUUGACGGAACAGUUUGACGCCAUCGCCAUGGGGACUACGACCUACUUCAAACCUACCUGCGAGACUCGGCAACGGUCACCAGGACACCGCUGGACAACGUUUUUUACCUUCCUAUUGGAGGGGAGGAGACGGUUAGAUUAUGGACAGACGGGGGACAAUAUCUCCAUAGAAAUUUAGACAAUAUGGACUCUAAAACCUGUGGUGUGAUGAAGAACAAUGUACAGUGCCUUCGGAAAUAAUUCAGAACCCUUGAAUUUGUCCGCAUUUUGUUACGUUACAGCCUUAUUCUAAAAUGUAUUAAAAAAAUAAAUCCUCAGCAAUCUACACACAAUACCCCAUAAUGGCAAAGCGAAAACAGGUUUUUAGACAUUUUUGCAAAUUUAUUAAAAGUAAAUAACUGAAAUACCUUAUUUACAUAAUUAUUCAGACCCUUUGCUAUGAGACCCGAAAUUGAGCUCAGGUGCAUCCUGUUUCCAUUGAUCAUCCUUGAGAUGUUUCUACAAUUUGAUUGGAGUCCACCUGUGGUAAAUUCAAUUGAUUGGACAUGAUUUGGAAAGGCACACACCGGUCUAUAUAAGGUCCCACAGUUGACAGUGCAUGUCAGAGCAAAAACCAAGGCAUGAGGUCGAAGGAAUUGUCCGUAGAGCUCCGAGACAGGAUUGUGUCGCGGCACAGAUCUGGGGAAGGGUACCAAAACAGAAGGGCCUUGGUCAGGGAGGUGAUGGUCACUCUGACAGAGCUCUAGAGUACCUCUGUGAAGAUGGGAGAACCUUCCAGAAGGACAACCAUCUCUGCAGCACUCCACCAAUCAGGCCUUUAUGGUAGAGUGGCCAGACGGAAGCCACUCCUCAGUAAAAGGUACAUGACAGCCUGCUUGGAGUUUGCCAAAAGGCACCUAAAGACUCUCAGACCAUGAGAAACAAGAUUCUCUGGUCUGAUGAAACCAAGAUUGAACUCUUUGGCCUGAAUGCCAAGCGUCACUUCUGGAAGAAACCUGGCACCAUCCCUACGGUGAAGCAUGUUGGUGGCAGUAUUUUGCUGUGGGGAUGUUUUUCAGCGGCAGGGACUGGGAGACUAGUCAGGAUCGAGGCAAUGAUGAACAGAGCAAAGUACAGAGAGAUCCUUGUUGAAAACAUGCUCCAGAGCGCUCAGGACAUCAGACUGGGGCGACGGUUCACCUUCCAACAGGACAACGACCCUAAGCACAAUGCCAAGACAACGCAGGAGUGGCUUUGAGACAAGUCUCUGAAUGUCCUUGAGUUGCCCAGCCAGAGCCCGGACUUGAACCCGAUCGAACAUCUCUGGAGAGACCUGAAAAUAGCUGUGCAGCAACGCUCCCCAUCCAACCUGACAGAGCUUGAUAGGGUCUGCAGGGAGAAACUCCCCAAAUACAGGUGUGCCAACCUUGUAGCAUCAUAUCCAAUAAGACUCCAUGAUCUAAUCGUUGCCAAAGGUGCUUCAACAAAGUACUCAGUAAAGGGUCUGAAUACUUAUAUCAUAUGUUAUAUUUCAGUUUUGUAUUUUUGAUAAAUUAGCAGAAAUUCUAAAAAUCUGUUUUUGCUUGGUCAUUAUGGGGUAUUGUGUGUAGAUUGAUGAGGGGGAAAAAACAAUUUAAUCAAUUUUAAAAUAAUGCUGUAAUGUAACAAAAUGUGGAAAAAGUAAAGGGGUCUGAAUACUUUCCGGAGGCACUUCCAUUCUUGAAACCAACUGUAUCAUAUGUGAGACUGUUAGCAAGGUGAGCUAAAGCCUAGGCAUUAGCUUGAGAAGCUAAUACUGCUAUUAAACAUAUAACAAGUGGUGUGUAGACCAGAAUUAGUUCUAAUAGAUCUUAACAUUAGAGAUAACAUGUUCCUUAGAUUGUCUUUGGGAGUGUGGUCGUCAACAUGUCUGUUAAACUUUAUACAUGAACAUAGGUAUUGAAAUAUUAUACUUUUAAUAUAUAGACUACAGUAUACUGAAUGCAGAAAUCUUGCCAGCUAACAAAUCAACAUGUCACACUCCUCACAUAACGCACUGACUUAACACUAUGUCCUGGUAAGCAUUUCCAAUGUAUACAGUACAUGUAGAGCUAGUUUCUAUGUGAUGCUCUGAGCUAUUUUAUAGCUGACAGUACUUCUGCAACGAUGUAGAUAGUUUAUGAAUAACUGACUGAUUUUGCUCUGUCCUGUGAAGGAUUCCACUAUUUUACUACAGUAUAUCCUGUGGCGUUAGCUUUCUGUUUUACAUUUUCAUGCGUUGGUGUAUUUUAAAACUGUGUUUAUUUGGUCACUUGAAACGUUACCUCUGUUUUGUUUAAUACUUCCCACUAUAACUUUUCUUUACUUAAAUAAAAGUGAAAUAUGAUGAAAUGAUGAUGCAUGCUUUUAUGUUAUUGGUGGUGUAAACCAUAGGUAACAGUGACUAGACUUUAGCUUAUAAGCACAAUGUAAUUUGGCUAAUCGCAUGCCAGUAUGGCUGUGUUAACCCAUUGAGCUAAAAAGGCAUUAGCUCAGGGAGGUAAUACAAGUCUUCAGGUCUCAGGCAACGUUACUUAUUAGGCAAGAGUGGUUCACCAUGUAAAACCACCUUCGUCACACAUGUUAGCAUUGGCUAAUAGCAUGUCGUUACCUCUCUGACCUACUCUGUAGCGAAACCAAGACUCAGCACUGCUAAUAGACCACAUCCAGUCAUCUUCAAUUACUCACUGAUUUCCUCAAUAUCCCAUGGGGACAUAUUGCUAGAUUAUAGAGGAUGAUGAUUCAGUAUCCAUCUAAGCGUGGUGUAGUCGGGUAAUGUCAAUACAGUGCCUUCGGGAAGUAUUCAGACCCCUUGACUUUUUCCACAUUUUGAUAGGUUACAGCCUUGUUAUCAAAUUGAUUAAAUUGUUUUUUUCCCUCAUCAAUCUAAACACAAUAUCCCACAAUGACAAAGCAAAAACAGUUUUGUAGAAUGUUUUGCUAAUUUAUAAAAAAAUAAAACACUGAAAUAUUAAAUUGACAUAAGUAUUCAGACCCUUUACUCAGUACUUUGUUGAAGCACCUUUGGCAGUGAUUACUGCCUAGAGUCUUCUUGGAUAUGACGCUACAAGCCUGGCAUACCUGUAUUUGGGGAGUUCCUCCCAUUCUUCUCUGCAGAUCCUCUCAAGCUCUGUCAGGUUGGAUGGGGAGCGUCGCUGCACAGCUAUUUUCAGGUCUCUCCAGAGAUAUAAGAUCAUGUUUAAGUCCGGGCUCUGGCUGGGCCACUCAAGGACACUCAGAUACUUGUCCCGAUGCCACUCCUGCGUUGUCUUGGCUGUGUGCUUAGGGUCGUUGUCCUGUUGGAAGGUGAACCUUCACCCCAGUCUGAGGUCCUGAGCGCUCUGGAGCAGGUUUUCAUCAAGGAUCUCUCUGUACUUUGCCUCGUUCAUCUUUGCCUCGAUCCUGACUAGUCUCCCAGUCCCUGCCGCUGAAAAACAUCCCCACAGCAUGAUUCUGCCACCACCAUGCUUCCCCAUAGGGAUGGUGCCAGGUUUCCUCCAGACGUGACGUUUGGCAUUCAGGCCAAAGAGUUCAAUCUUGGUUUCAUCAGACCAGAGAAUCUUGUUUCUCAUGGUCUGAGAGUCUUUAGGUGACUUUUGGCAAGCUCCAAGCGGGCUGUCAUUUACCUUUUACUGAGGAGUUGCUUCCAUCUGGCCACUCUACCAUAAAGGCCUGAUUGGUGGAGUGCUGCAGAGAUAGUUGUCCUUCUGGAAGGUUCUCCCAUCUCCACAGAGGAACUCUAGAGCUCUGUCAGAUUGACAUUUCGGGUUCUUGGUCCAAGGCCCUUCUCCCACGAUUGCUCAGUUUGGCUGGGCGGCCAGCUCUAGGAAGAGUCUUGGUGGUUGCAAACUUCUUCCAUUUAAGAAUGAUGGAGGCCACUGUGUUCUUGGGGACCUUCAAUGCUGCAGAAAUGUUUUUGGUACCCUUCAUCUGUGCCUCGACACAAUCCUGUCUCAGAGCUCUACGAACAAUUUCUUCGACCUCAUGCCUUGGUUUUUGCUCUGACAUGAACUGUCAACUGUGGAACCUUAUAUAGACAGAUGUGUGCCUUUCCAAAUCAUGUCUAAUCAAAUGAAUUUACCACAGGUGGACUCCAAUCAAGUUGUAGAAUCAUCUCAAGGAUGAUCAAUGAAACAGGAUGCAUCUGUGCUCAAUUUCGAGUCUCAUAGCAAAGGGUGUGAAUACUUAUUUGAAUAAGGUAUUUCUGUUUUAAAUUUUUUAUGCAUUUGCAAACAUUUCUAAAAACCUGUUUUCGCUUUGUCAUUACUGGGUAAUGUGUGUAGAUUGUUAUUUAAUCAAUUUUAGAAUCAGGCUGUAAUGUAACAAAGUGGAAAAAGUCAAGGUGUCUGAAUACUUUCCGAAGGCACUGUAUCUGAGCGGUUUAGCCAUUUGUGUCGCAUGUAAUAUUAUUGAAUGUCCUCUGUAUGGCCUGCUUUAUAUACAGAGGGUUUAAGGUGGGAGAAAGCAGUCUGUACAGGUUGAGGAGGCCAGAAGACGUAUAUCUCUCCCUAACAUCCAUUCUACUCUCUCUCUCUCUCUCUCUCUCUCUCUCUCUCUCUCUCUCUCUCUCUCUCUCUCUCUCUCUCUCUCUCUCUCUCUCUCUCUCUCUCUCUCUCUCUCUCUCUCUCUCUCUCUCUCUCUCUCUCUCUCACAUACACACACACACACUCCCUAAAUCGGAUUAUGGAUUCUAGCAGCAGCAAUUUUCUGACGUGGCAUCGCCUCUGUUCCUGGCAUUCCAUUCCAGCUGGUCCUUUUCCAUUAGCCAAUCAAAUCAUGUAAUGUUAAUUAUCUCUGUCUUAUUGGUGAGUUGUUCUGGUUGAGUUUCCAGGAUCAGAGGGGAUUGGAUGUGUCAUGAUGUGAUUAUUGUCUUGGACAGCUGCUGGUGACCAUAGCAACGAAAUCAACAAACAUUAUCAACGUGCGAAAAGUGAAUAGCUAUAACACUAUAAGCAUCAGUGGAGGCUGGUGAUUUAAAUAAUUGAGGAGGAUGGGAGACCCACGGUACAGAUGCAGAUCGCACGGAAGCAACAAAGCAUGUUUAAAAAAUCAGCAAAGAUACAUUAUUUUAACCUAAAACAUUUAUUAAAGACAUGUAUAGUAAAAUAUUAUGGGGAAUGAGAAUGAGAUGGCUACUUACAGUGUUGGGAAGAUAUCACAGCAGUGAUUGAAUGAGGCAUGAGUUGAGGUGUUCGGAGGCUUGACUUCAGUGCAGGACAGGGUUUGAGGUGUUCAGAGGCUUCAGUGCAGGACAGGCUCAUCAUGGAUGGAUGGUGUUGGAGAAGAGCUCAACUCUUCCACUGAGGGCAGGGCAGGAUUUGACUGGGAAGACAUAAAUCAAUAGCACAACACAGUUAGACAAAAGAGCUAAGAAUUAAUUAGUCCAAGCAAGGAUAAAAAUCACAUUGAUGUGUAAUAGUGUGAUGGUGUUUGUGUAUCUGAUUGACUACAUACAGUUAUGAGAGAAAAUUGACUGGCCUACUCACAGUGCAUUCAAUGUGCCAAUGGAUGACCGGACACAUGAGACAUGGCUUCAGUUCAUGUCAGGAGAGAGUUGACACUGGGAGUGGAGAGGCCAUCAUCGCUUAAUCAGGGAACAGGAGGGGACUUAGCUGUAAUACAAAUAAUUGUAAUUGAAAGAGCACAGUUAGAAAAAUAUGGCAUAUAGAAGCAAACCAGAUGGACAUCAUGAAAAUGAUCGGAGGAAGUUCAGGAGUAAAAACAAACAAAAUAUAAUUAUUGUAGAAUUUGACUGUGUCCAUAAAAUGUAUAUAGUAUGUAUGGGCUGGAAGUAGAGGCCUAAACAUUGUUGUUCACUAGUUUACUCCAAUUGGGGAAGGGGUGGUGGGGUUGGAAGGUAAUGAAGGGAAAUUAAAUUUAAAAAUAAAUAAAAUCGCUCUACAUACAGUAAUGAGAGAAAAUCGACAGGGCUACUCCGCUGUAAAUACAAGUAGCAGUUACAUUCCAUUACAGCAGCGCCGUCAUAGGUUUGGGCAACACGUUUCUCCAUUAAGUUAAACUCAGACAUCUGAGAAUUCACAAAGUCAAACACAGACUGCGCAUCUCACCCUCUUGACAUAUCAAGGUAGCCCAAGAAAUGUUCUAGAAUAAAGCCCUGAUCAUCCACAUACCUGAUGAUAACUGCCAAUUGCGAGCGACAGCUGAUGUCUGUGGUUUCAUCCAUUUGCCAUGCGAAAAAAUGCACUGAGUCAACCUCUCUUUUAAUCUAACUUUUAAUGGAUGAUGCGAUGAAAGCUAUCAAAUCAUUCUGAAUUGCUUUCGACAUCCCAGAGAAGACAGUAGAAAAUUCCAUAUGCUCAGCAAGUAAAGCAUUGUAAAGUGCAAUUUCCUCUGCAAGCUCCUUGUAAUUGCCCUUGUUAGAGGAACUUUCCCUCUCAUCGUGCCCCCUAAAAACCAACUCUUACAUGCCCAGAAACACAGUAGUGUCGAUAAGCUGCUUGAGAACCUCCCAGUUUAUUCUUACCUUCUCAUUGUGUUGCGCAGUUUGAAUAUGCAGACCUUAGUCCAUUACAUGAUCGAUGCAGCUUUUUCACAGAAGCUUGAAUCUGAUCUGGGCAAAGAAAGGGGUUCUUCAACAAAAAAUGCACUAAAUUGCCGUUAGCGUUAGCAAGCCAUUCUGGUGGAGAAAACUUCACUCUGGAGCUAGCUAGCUUCUUGCUACUAAAGUUAGCAAAGCAAAUUGAAAUAAAUAAAGUUAUAAAACCAAGAAAACAAUACACUACCGGCCAAAAGUUUUAGAACACCUAUAUUUUGAUUUGUUUAUCACUUUUUUGUAUACUACAUGAUUCCAUAUGUGUUAUUUCAUAGUUUUGAUGUCUUCACUAUUAUUCUACAAUGUAGAAAAUAGUAAAAAUAAAGAAAAACCCUUGAAUGAGUAGGUGUUCUAAAACUUUUGACUGGUAGCGUAUAUAAUCUACCUCCUUUGUUUCCUGUAGUUUGAAGAAACUAAUUUGAACUGAAUAAUAUCCCCCCAAAAACGAUCACUAUCUCAAUCUCUAUCUAUCCAACAAUGUCACCAACUCACCAAGCUUCUCCACAUAUAGGACCCAUGAUGCUCUGCAACACAACCCCAAUACACCACACUAGAUUAAUUAUCUGUUCAUAUGAUUGGAUGGACAAAAUGUCAGUUCAUACUGCAAAAGCUUUGAUUGGUUGGACGUCCUCUGGAAGUCGUCAUAAUUACCAAGUAGGUCUAUGGAAGGGGGUGAAAAGUAUGAGCCUCCUAGGUUUUGUAUUGAAGUCAUGUAAUUAAUCAUGUAUUUGGUGACGUGAAUAUAUUGAGUAUAUAUUUAGUAUAGUUUUAUCUUAAAGGAUAACUUUUUAAAUGUUUUAUAAAAAAUAAAAAAUAUUCUGAAAUUCACUAAGUAGGAUGCCUCCACUGGUAAGCAUGCAUACAUGUAUUUACAUGCAACAGAAAUUAUUCAUCCAAAAAUAGAUUUUUAUUGGUAAACUUGACUCUGUAAAUGGAUAGUGUUAGCCAGCUAGCUAGCUAUAGCUAGAGUGGGCAAGUUAUGAAGCUUUCAAGACAACUUGGAAAUUUCCGACUUGGAAAGACGUUGUUGUAAAAAAAUGACCUGUACACUCUUGUUGGCUGGUCCUCACUACAUAUUCGUCGCCAAACCCACUGGCUCCAGGCCAUCUAUAAAUCACUGCUAGGCAAAUCCCCGCCUUAUCUUAGCUCAUUGGUCACCAUAGCAACACCCACCCGUAGUAUGCGCUCCAGCAGGUAUAUCUCACUGAUCAUCCCCAAAGCCAACACCUCCUUUGGCCGCCAUUCCUUCCAGUUCUAUGCUGCCAAUGACUGGAACGAAUUGCAAAAAUCUCUGAAGCUGGAGACUCUUAUCUCCCUCACUAACUUUAAGUAUCAGUUGUCAGAGCACCUUACCGAUCACUGCACCUGUACACAGCCCAUCUGAAAUUAGCCCACCCAACUACCUCAUCCCCAUAUUGUUAUUUAUUUUGCUCAUUUGCACCCCAGUAUCUCUAUUUGCACAUAAUCUCUUGCACAUCUAUCAUUCCAGUGUUAAUACUAAUUGUAAUUAUUUUGCACUAUGGCCUAUUUAUUGCCUUACCUCGAUAACUUGCUACAUUUGCACACACUGUAUAUAUUUUUUCUGUUGUAAUUUUGACUUUAUGUUUUGUUUUACCCCAUAUGUAACUCUGUGGUGUUGUUUUUAUCGCACUGCUUUGCUUUAUCUUGGCCAAGUCGCAGUUGUAAAUGAGAACUGGCUUACCUGGUUAAAUAAAGGUUAAAUAAAAAAAAAUAAAAAAAUAAAAAAACAUCUAGCUGAUCUAGGGUGUAAUCAUUAGUCCAACAGUUGCAAACGAGAGUUUCUAUUGGCCACUUUCAGGUAUACUUAUCCCCAUUUCGUUCCGUUGUCUUCCGUUUAAGAAAAAAAAUUCAACAGAAUCUGCGGAAUUAAUACACCCCUGAUCACACGUAAACACAGUUCACUUUCAUAGCAGCCACGUUGUAUUCCUUCUCACAUCUAUGCUCUCUCCUCCUCUCACCUUUUCCCUUCGCUUGUGGACUUCAAUGCACAACACAUCAGAUGUCUGUAACCAGGCGAAAAAAAGGUUCCAAGCCAAACCAUAUCAUAACCGUUGACAACUACACACAGCCUACAUCAUUGUCACCAUAUUAGCUAAACAACGUCAUACUCAACAUACUGUAGCUAUUAGAAGUAAAAUGUUAGUAAACCCACUACAAUCAUGCAGUACAGUGUACAGUCAGUAAGCAGUUUAGCAGUUACACUGGUGGGACCAGUGGCAAUAAAUUAGUAAAACCAAAAGCUUACCUUGACUUGGAAGAGUUCCAGUGUUGGAUAGUCAUAGCCAGCUAGCUAACAUAGCAUCCCUCUGUUUGAGCCGGGUGUUUGAGUACGCUAAAUGUACCCAGAGGAGGACGGAAGCUAGAUGUCCUCCGGCUACACCAUUGUGCUACCCUACAGAGUGCUGUUGAGGCUACUGUAAACUUUCAUUGCAAAACAGUGUGUUUUAAAACAUUUUUUGGUGACGUAAAUAUAUUUAGUAUAGUUUUAUCUAAAAAAGGAUAACUUUUUAAAUGUUUCAAUAUUUUUAUUUUUAUGAAAUUCACUGAAGAGGAUGGUCUUCCCCUUCCUCCUCUGAGGAGCCUCCACUGGUGCUGGCGUAUCACCAUGCAGGCUAUGUUUUCUAUUGUGAUUGGUCAACAACGAUGGCGGCUCUUGAAAUACAGAGCAGAUUCUUAUUUUCCUCUGCCUCGGCUGAGCGGCUUCCAUCACCGCAGACCACUCCGCCUCUCUUUCAAAACAGACUUAACUGUUAUGUUUGCAGGUUUAGCUUAUAAGAAUGGUGACCAUGGGGUGGUCAACCCUCCUCCUGUAGAGCGAUGGGAUGUGCAAGCUUUUUUUUCAGUCCUGCUUUAACACACCUGAUUCAGCUCAUCAAGAUCCUGAUGAGCAGCUGAUUAGAAUUAGGUGUAAGAGCAGGGUUGGACUUGGAACUAAAUCCUGCACACCCAGUAACUCUCCCAGGGAGAUGGGGGUUUGCCAUCCCUGGCGUAGACUAAAAUGUGAAAAUGUGAAUAUAAAUGCUAUGACUGUCAUUGUGGGCUGUAUAUUAAUACCCAGAGGAACCAGCAUGUGUUUAGCCAGAGGUCUGCACAUUCACUUCUCCAUACUGACUUCUCACUUCCUGAGAGAGAGAGGAAGCGUGGUCACACAGCACAUGAUUCUGACCCCCCACUAUGUGAAGACCUGUGUCUGCAUUUUGUACCACUGUCCGAGCUGUGUGUUUCUCUCUGUGUGUGUGGAUGCCUAUGUGUAUAUGUGUGUAGGCCGAUGUGUGUGUCUCCUGUCUCCACAGUGAGCUCUUGAGGACUGACAGGCGUCUCUCUCUCCGUCUGAGAUGACAUGGCAGGUAAUAGUCUCUGUCUCCUAGCAACAUCAGUCCUGAGCAUAGCCUCCUUUAGCUCCAGACUAUCACUGCUCUGUUGUGCUGAUGUCAACUCUCUGGGUAUAUAGCAUUAGCGCUAUCAUUAUCAUCUGAUUGUCUCUCUCUACAAUCAUCAAUUAUAUGACUGACCGACUGAGCAUUCAGGCUGCUGAAUACAUCUCAGUGUUGUCCGUAAGUGAGGGUCAUGGUGUGAGAUAGUUGUUGACUUUCUGUUGUAGUUUUUCUCACACUCUCUCUCACUGUGUGUGUUGACUCUGAAUGUUUGUGUGUCCGGUCAGCAUUCCAGAUAGUGGUACCGAGCAGUAGACAGAUGGAUCAGUAUCUGUGAUUAACCUUUCCAGGACUCUACCCAUGGACAGACAGAGACAUGACCAGCUCUAUGUUCUAACAACACCUAGAGUGUUUGGUCUCCACAGAAUUUGCUGUCCUAAAAUGAUAUGGACAGCAUUGGUAGUCUUUUCUUCCUUUUACUGAAUGUAUUUUCAAUUGUCUGUGUCUGUUGUACCUUUCCAUGCUGAGGUCCCCGUCUGCGUUGCUGGCUUUUUGAGGGAGACUGGUGGAAAUAAAGUUGGUGCAGGAGGCUAGUGAAUGGUUUACCUGAAAACAAGAGUAGAAUAGUUUUGCAUACCUGGCUAGUAACCUGAAGUGGACUAUGGCAAACUGUGAUUGUGUGUGUGUGUGCAUGUGCUUGAGUGUGUGUGCGCCCAUCUGUGUCUGUCUGAAUAAUGCAGCAGGAGUAAUAUUAGAACUGAGCAUGUGCAGGAGAUGUCUAUCCCUCGCUAUACCUCUGUAUCCCUCUAAAAAUAUACACCUAUCUCUCUCUCUCUCUCUCUCUCUCUCUCUCUCAUCUCUCUCCUACUCCUCUCGUCUCAUCUCUUCUCGUCUCUCGAUGAUCUGUCGUCUUCCUCUCUCUCUCUCUCUCUCUCUCUCUCUCUCUCUCUCUCUCUCCUCUCUCUCUCUCAUUCUCUCUCUCUCCCCUCUCUCUCUCUUCCGUCUCUCUCUCUCUCUCUCUCUCUCUCUCUCUCCUCUCUCUCUCUCUCUCCUCUCUCUCUCUCUCUCUCUCUCCUCUCUCGCUCUCUCCCUCUCCUCUCUCCUCCUCCUCUCCUCUUCUCUCUGUCUUUUCUCUCCUCUCUCGUCUCCUCUGCCCUCUUCUCUCUCUCUCUCUCUGUCUCUCUCUCUGUCUCUCUCUCUCUCUUGCGCUCUCUCUCUCUCGCUCUCUCUAUCAGUGAGGAGGAGAGUGUGCAGGGCUGUAAGUACACUGGGCUAGUGAGACAGAGACAGAAGGGGGGGAGAGAAAGAUGGAAGGAGAGAGAAAGAGGAAGGAAGAGAGAGUGCAACUGGAAAGGAGACAGAUAA